AGGGGGCUGCGCCGGCCUCCCUCGCCGCUCGUCCGCGUCUCCUCUGCUAGACGAGCGGCUGCGGGCUGUCUGCUUCCCGCCCAGAGCACGAGCUCCUCCACCGUAAGGGUGCGCACCCAGGAGCGCUGCGUUCCCCACUCAGCAGCCGCCGGGAAGGACGCGGGACGCAGCCGCUGCGUGAGGAGCUCCCGGGGCACAGCUUGUCCGGUUUACGCGCAGGGACCCGCGGGGGAUCCCACUGCACCCAAGCAAGGCCCGUGAGGGCAAGCGGUGCCUUUCGGCCUCACUGUUCGCACUGCGCAUGCGCUGCCAGGUUCCGCCCAUGCGCACUGGCUGCCCCGCAGGAGGCUCUUCCGUUCCGGGGGCGGGGCCUCGGACUCCGGAGUCUGGCUAGCGGGCGGCGGGGCGGGCGGGGCCGGGCCGCGGUGCAUGGCGGUGAGGCGGCGGACCCGGCCCGCUCGGGUUCCCCCGGUCGGUGCGGGAGGGCUGAGGGGCGGGGAAGUGGCGGCAGAGGGACCCCGGCGAGCUCUGCCUCGCCCCCGGCCAGCAGCGCGGGGGUCCCGCCGUGUCUCCCCCGGGCACCCUCGGCCUGGGGGUUCAGCCUCUGAGGUGCUCGGAAAUCUUCGCAGGUCCCUGGGGGGUGGGCAGGGCGUGGGUCUGGGGUUGUGCUGCCCCUAGAAAGAGCCUGCCGUGUCACGGGCUUAGAGGUUUGUCUUAGUGUGUCCGGAGCAGGUGGUCGGCCCUGCCUGUCCAGUUUCACCCUUUGUAAUCUCCAAAACAGCUUGCCAUCCAAGCCUUCAAAAAUUUUAUGUAUUUCCGUCCAGGGCUCGCAGCAGAGCCGCGCCGGCGGAUGGAGCGCGGGGACGCCGCAGGUAACCGCGCUGAACGGCUCCACGCUGACCUGGGCAACGUCCUCUCCGCAUCAAACAGUCUGGCAACUGAAACGUUACCCCAGGGUUACUUACGCUGUUGAAGAGCUCAGCCUUCACAACCCAUCAACAGCAGAAAUGCUUUAGGUCCUUUUAGGUCCUGUAAUUCAUUUCUUAAGAGUUCAUCCUCUACCAAAGUAGAGGAAAAUAAAUCUUCAGGCCCCUGCUGCUGCCAUCCAAAGCUUCCAGGCUGUGAAGGGCGGCUUGUAAACAAGCGAUGACUGAGGCGCUUUGUCUCCUCGUGUCCAGGAAAGGGAGGCUCCGGCACUUCUGGGAAGUUCAGUGCCUCUGUGGCUCUGCGGGGAAAGCCUGAUAAAUAACAGCUCGUGAAAAACUGAUGGAAGGGCAAGUUAUUGAACUGGAAGAUGGUACCACGGCUUAUAUCCAUCAGGUGACAGUCCAGAAAGAGUCUGUGGCUUUUGAAGACGGUCAGCCCGUAGUGCUGGAAGAUGGCAGUAUGGCUUACAUACACAGCACAGUUAAAGAAAGUUAUGAGCCCAGCACCUUCGAGACCAUCCAGCUGGAGGAUGGCUCCACUGCCUACAUACGUCGUCCUGUCCUCGUGCCGCCCGGCAGCGCCGUCCUGGAGGUGCAGGCGGAGACCGGGCUCGAGUUGGCUGGAGAGGAGGAGGACAAUGCCUUUGAUGUCGAGACUGCGUUAAAGCAGUACGCCGGUAAGGUGUCUGAGGAGGAAGAGGAGGGACUGACAGACACCUGCCACGUGAAGAAUGAGGAUUCCAGCCGCACCCCUUCCCAGGACUUGCGGGAGGAGGAGGUGCACGGCAGCCGGAAGGGGCAGCAGGUCGGCAGCAGAGCGUUCCGCUGUGGCUACAAAGGCUGCGGCCGCCUCUACACCACCGCGCACCACCUCAAGGUACAUGAACGUGCUCAUACAGGUGACCGGCCAUACACGUGUGACGUCCCCAGCUGCAGGAAAGCAUUUGCUACAGGGUAUGGGCUGAAGAGCCACAUGAGAACACAUACUGGUGAGAAACCAUACAAGUGCCCAGAAGAUGUGUGUAGCAAAGCCUUCAAAACUUCGGGGGAUCUGCAGAAGCACAUCCGGACACACACGGGUGAGCGUCCCUUCAAGUGCCCCUUCGUGGGCUGUGGCCGCUCUUUCACCACGUCCAACAUCCGCAAGGUUCACAUGCGAACGCACACGGGCGAGCGGCCCUACACGUGCCCAGAGCCCAGCUGCGGACGGGGCUUCACCAGUGCCACCAAUUACAAGAACCACACGAGAAUCCACACCGGAGAGAAGCCGUACCUGUGCACCGUGCCGGGCUGCGGAAAGCGCUUCACCGAGUACUCCAGCCUCUACAAGCACCACGUGGUGCACACGCACUGCAAGCCCUACACCUGCAGCAGCUGCGGGAAGACCUACCGCCAGACCUCCACGCUGGCCACGCACAGGCGCAGCAGCCACGGCGAGCUGGAGGCCGCGGAGGAGGGCGAACAGGCGCUCUACGAGCAGCGGCAGCCGGGGGGUGAGCAGGCGCUCUGCCAGCCCCUGCACAGCCUGGGGUCGGCCCAUGUGGCCGUGGGGACGGAAAAGGAGGCUGAGGAGACCUCACUCUACAAGUACCUGGAAGGAGCUGCUGCUGCUGACAGAGGCUCCCCCCUGAAGAGCCAGCACGUUGCUUUCCUGUCAGAGAUGGAGGAAUAUGAAGAGGAAGAUGACGGUCGUUUACCCACACAAGUCUCGCUUAUCUCUCAGGAGGGGACAGAGCAGGUCAGUCUGUCGCAGGAGGAGCUGCAGGCCCUGGGCACUGCCAUCAGCGUGGUGACACAGGGCCGUGCCCUCGCCGGGCCCGAGGAGGAGCUGGCGGGUGGUGACACACACACCGUGAUUGUGGCUGACACAGGUGGCACCGGGACACAGCCGAUUACCAUAGUCACUUCUGGGGCAGUCGUGUCUGGAGAGCCGGCUGUCGCAUCCCUCUGUCAUCAGCAGGUGGCAUUGCUGGCUGCCGCCAACAGCACCCGCGUUGCCGUGCAGUUAGAAGCACAGCAGAGCCUGGAGGAAGCCAUUGACCUGGCCACAGCAACCGUGCAGCAUGGAGCUGCGCCUCUGGACGCUCCCGCGUCCAAGAAUGGGUGCUGAGCCCCGCAGAGCCCCACACAGGGUGCGCCGGCAGCACCGGCCUCUGCUCGCCGGCAGCGGUACCGGAGCAGGGCUGGGGUCACCACACAGGUGUUGGGACACCGGAGCGACCCUCCUGUCUCCAGGGAGGGGUGUGGGAGAUGCUUGGCUGUCUGGAACGGUGACCAGCUCUGACACGGGAGCAGGUGCACGGGCUGGCUCUGACAUCUGUUGUGCCACCUCUGUCCCACUCUGCUCUCCAGCAGACUCAGUGCUGCGAGGUGUUCCCUCCACCAGCGCCAGCCAGCGUGGGGUGUAAAUACUGAGUAGAAUAAAAACAAUUUAAAUACUUUCUUUUUUU